AUGAAGCUUGGAUACGCAGUUUUGAUAGUCGGAGCUCUGGCGUCUGAGUGCAAGCCACCGACAGAUUGCAGUACGUACUGCAGAGUACAGUAUAAUGGGAAGAAAAAUUAUUAUAAUCUGACUGAUGGAGACUGAUACUUUAAAUAUGGCGUCUCAACUUAGGCUUGGCCUCUCAGCCAAGUAGUCUCGAGCCCUAUUUAAAGUAUAUCCGGCAAGUUUUUACCAACGAAGAAAUGGACAGUUAUGCUAGGUAAGCAGUUCCCGCAGGAGGCAGGAGCCUAGCCUUAGUCCGCUUUCGGAGUUGGUUUUUUUCCUCAAGGGUAAAGGAGAGUUGGAGUUGGAAAGGAGGCACCCGGCUAUGCCUGCAGGGAACAACCAGGCCAUCGGGCAAUGCCGCUAGCGAGAAACCAGGAGUUUCACCCUGGGCUUCAACUAUUCCUUUUUGCCGAAAGUUCACCAGAAAAUCCAUUUUUUUGGGUUUUCUGUGUGGACAACCUUGUAUCCCACAGCCUCAAGCAAGGCCGCAGAAUUCCUAAAUCUGCCCACUCAAAACUGGAGCAAGGUUGCAGCUUGCAAGUAAGAGACGUUCAACAGAACAGGCUAGCCAUUAAGUUGGAGUCCUGUAGGCGGCGUUGCAAAGCGGGGGAAGCUUCGGGUCUGGGUGACUGCGUCAAAACUGACUAGGUUUCCCUCCCAGUCCAGCAACGACGAUCCUAAGGUCGUCCCGAUAGGACACGGGGCAAAAAGGGUUUUUCCUCUAGGACUGCUAGUGCCAAUUUGGAGGGCAUGGCAGGAGCCGACAAGAGCUAAGGAGUUAAUCCUUAGCUCUAACCCUAGUCUGGCGACGUGAAGCACGGUGACCCAGUCUGCCUACUUCCGGGAUAGCAUGACCAAGCCCCAUGACCGGAAUGAGCUGAGUGGUAGCCUGUGGCACUUAGGUGCACACUGGGAGCAGGGCAAGAAAGCAAGCGAAGCGUCCAAAAGGCGGAAGAAAAGGACCUUCGAUCCUGGCCGGGAGCUACUUUAUAAAAUUUAACUAAGACUAAGACUGCGUCAAAACUAACAGCUUAGCAGCUGAUUAUCUCGUAAUUAAGAUUAAGACUGAUGGAGACUGUUAUGAAGUUUUAAAAUGUAGCUAUGGUGAAUUCUUAGAUAUAUCAAGCAAUAAAUGCAUAUUAGCAAGCCAAGACUUUCCAGAAAUUGAGAGAGCCUCUACAAGCUCUAGCAGCAAUAAUGAGACUGUUGUAGAAGAUAAACCUAUCAUCUGUGAUCAUGGAACUUUUAAAAACAGUCAAUGUGUGUGUGAUGAAGGUUACACUACAAGCGCAUCCCAAAAUGCUAGUGAUUAUUAUGUACAUCAGUGUAACGUAUUGUCUAGUAGCUCUAGUGGAGAUGAUGGAUAUUCUACAGGCAACAAUGGUGAACUUUAUCUGUCUCAGCAGGCAGACGAUACCAUUAACAAUAUCCCGCUUACCUUUGUUGAAAAACUUGCCAUACUAGCUGGAAUCAGCUUUACCUUCUGUAUCAGCACUUUUAUUAUCAGAAAAAAACUAACUCCCCUCUCCGUGAGCGAACAACACAAUUUUUAUUCAUUCACGGAGGGUUAAUUUUUUUUUUAAACUUAAAAAAAUUCUAAUUUGUAAAAUUUGAGAAGUAAUAAUUAAUUUAAUUUGCAAAAUUUAUUUAAAAUUAAACAGAAUUAGCUAUAACAAUUAUCAUUUAUAUAUCAAUUUUUCUAUUAAAAAAAUUUUUGUUCGCUCAUUAAGGGUGUUUUUUUGGGCAAAAAAUAGGGAUUUUUCCAAUGGUUUUGUUCGCUCACAGAGGGGGAGUAAGGAGAAAAUAUUUAUAA